AUGAACAAGAAAGUACAAUUCUCUUGCGAUGUUGAAUUCGUCUCUACAUUCGCCAAUGAAGACUAUGAUCGAACUGCUCAAGAAGUAGCCAAGCUGACAUACAAGGACAUGUUGGAGCUACUCACCAUGAAAUCACAGUGGAGACGAGAUAUGGAGCGCAUGAUGGCUGAAAGAGCAACUGUUGAAGAGGAGGACAUUGUUGAAAGCACAUCAAAUAACUCGACAUCCCGUCUGUACAAUGUACAAGAAAUUUGCAUCUAG